GGCUUCAAAUCGAGAUAGUUGACAUGCAUCUCGUGGUGACGCGAGAAUCUUGGACGCCGUUCUAUCCUAGUCUUCCGCACUUUCGCAGUCAAGAGUAUACUAGGUCCCGAUGCAUUUGAGGAGCUCCCUGUAACUAUUAUUGUCGCCUCUAUCAUUCUUUAUCUUAUAAAUUGAGUUACGUUGUCCGUGUCCCGGACUUCCUCCACACCAUUUCACAGAUCUUGUACGCUUACUAGAAUACUUGAAAACCACCUCCUUGGCCCCCAAUAAUUUUUCGACAACCAGUACGAAAGCCUCUUUUGUUGAAAAAAUGCUUCCAGCGAUCCUCAUCUUGAAUGACCGCUACUAUCCUAGUUCCACAAACUCCCCUGCUAAGGUUGGAGCGACUGCUUUUGCGCUACAAGUAAUACGAGUCCUGGAGGGGGCGGGGCUAUUUUGCGGCGUGAUUCUCUAUGAUCGUCAGAGUCACUUAGCGGCACCUGUUGUACAGCUUGUGACAAGAGAUUCAACACCAUGCGUCAAGUUGUCUUUCAAUUUUGGCAUGAACACUGUGCAAGUCCGAUAUGCCUUAUGCGCCGCCACAGCUCUACUCAUGGCAAAGUUUUCAAAUAUUCUACCACCAAUGCUAUAUUAUCAAACCGAUACACUCCUCAGAUAUCAUCCGAAGCGUCUACCUUACUGUGUCACCCACCACGGCCCUUUCUACGACGAUUUCACUCGUCACUUUACGAAAGGCCUUGCUGCUGUAGCAUAUGGCUCCGAGAAUAAAGCUUCUCAUCUGGCAGUGACUCAGGAGGAGGGCUUGCGAUACCUCAAAGCUUCUGAUCGUGCCUACGUUCUACAGCACUCCAAAAAACAAGGCGAUUAUCUCAUAGAGCGAGGUAUUGAUCCUGCGCGAAUUCGAGCACUCAACCCCCCGAUACAUUCAAUGAGAAUGUAUCACCAUCAUAAAACAGCCAAUAUCGAACAACUUGUAUCCUUUUCAUCGAGUGAAAGAAAUCUCAUCUUUACCGCCGUUGCUCGUCUAGAUUAUUUCAAAAAUAUAGAGUUAUUAGUAGACUCGGCGGUAUCACUCCUCGACCGUGGGAAACUUGUGCGCUUAUUGAUAGUGGGUGGCGAAGGGACUUCGGAUACAGCAUCAGCGAGAUUGAUAGCCCGCGUCCCACAAAAACAUAGCGCUCAUGUCAAGAUCACUCCCAAAAUUCCGAAGGAUGACAUGUAUGCACUCUUUGAUUAUGUACGAACGCAUGGAAUAUUCGUGUGUACAUCACGCUAUGAGACUCUUGGGAUCACCCCACUUGAGGCAGCCCUGAGCGGUGUGGCCACAGUGAUGCCUGACUGCGACCUUGUCGAAGCCUCACGUUAUUUUCCCUCAAGCUUUCGCUUCGAGCCUACGGUAACCGGACUUUCGCAUGUAUUAGAAAGGUUCCUUCAGGACGAGUCGGGACAAUCUGGACUGGAGCUGCAAUGUUUCAUUAACAGCUUGAUUUCAGAGGAGAGAUUUGUAUUUGACUUGCUGGCGGCGUGGUCCGAUUUCUCACAGCUUGCCCUCAAAACUUUACCCACUUCAAAUAGUACUACCUUCAAUAAACCCACUCGACCAUUGAAGAUCAGAGGUCGAAGAUAUUCCAUGUAGCCCAUUUCAUGUAUCUCAUUUUUUCUGCUUAUCCCGAUUCCAAAAAAGGCCUGUUUGGGUGUUUCGUUGGGGGAUUGAUCAUAGUAAAGCUUCGAUAAAUGAUAUGUGAUUCUGACUCAAGCCACGAUGCAGAUAUUGUUUCCUCUGUAUCUUUUGAUCGUUGCUGGGCGAGCCCAUAAUAAAUAUCAUAUGUAAUGUGGGAAUAGAUCCGUUCAUCAUGUGCCAGAUCCCCUUUCCGAGGCUGAACCUCCGUCCCCGAUCACUAAGCGUCAUACUUGGGGACAAAUGGCAUUUGAACAAAAAGCAGUACGAGCCGUCACUCCAGAUAUCAACUCUUGUAGAACUAAACGCCAAGAGGAAGGCAGACUGAACGAAAGCCAGAUGCCUUUUGUCUGCCACAUAUACCUUCCAGAAUCUUGCAAUGAGGAUGCUCGGCAGUCUACCCAAGGGAUUGGGUAGCAUGAAGCUAUAGCGGAAUGUUGGGAUGGGAUCAGAAAAGGUUUGAAGCUUUGUUGGACAACAUGAUCAACUCCUCCAUCAAAUCACUUUCGUGUUCA